AUGGCAACACAAACUACGACCAAGACUGAAGGCCUAUACUUGCAUGGGCCCAAGGAGUUACAUCUCGAAAGCAGAGAUCUCGAGGCUCCUCAACCUGACGAGGUGCAAAUAGCCAUCCGUUCCAACACAAUCUGCGGCUCAGACCUCCAUUACUUUAGCCAAUUUCGAAAUGGCGAUAUUACCGUGCAAGAGCCUCUAUGUCUUGGGCACGAGUCUGCGGGUGAAAUCAUUGCGCUGGGCUCUGACGUGCACAAGACUCAGCCACAUCUCCAGCAAGGCGACAUCGUGGCCAUCGAAUGCGGCGUCCCCUGCGGAGAAUGUGAUGUGUGCAAGUCGAAGCGUUACAAUAUUUGUCCGCAACUGAGAUUCCGCAGCUCGGGCUCAAAGUUUCCUCAUUACCAAGGAACCCUGCAAAAGAGAAUCAACCAUCCUGCCCAGUGGGUGCACAAACUUCCAGACGCCCUCGACUGUGAGGUCGGAGCUUUACUGGAACCUCUGGCCGUUGCCGUGCAGGCUGUGGCCAAGGCCGAGAAGUUUGCUUUGCCUUCUGUCCACGAGAGCUGCCUGGUCUUUGGCGCCGGCGCCGUCGGGCUCUUGUGCUGUCUUGCUGCGCGGGCGUCAGGAUGGAAGCGCAUAGUCAUUGCUGACAUUGAUCAGCAGAGGCUCCUCUUUGCCAUGGAUCAUGGCUUUGCUGAUGCUGCGUACCUCGUUAAGCGGCCCAAGGCUCUCGAUCCUACAAAUAAGAUGGCUGUUGCCAAGGAAACUGCGGAACAGAUCGCCAAGAUGGAUUGGCCGGACACAGGUUCGCGAGUUGGCCGGCUGCAGGUGGUUUUUGAAUGCACUGGCGUACAAUCCUGUAUCCAAGCGUCUUUCUAUGCUACCGUGUCGGGAGGUGCAGUCAUCUCGAUUGGCCUGGGAUUUCCCGUGCAUGAGAUACCAAUGUCAGAAAUGAUGACGAGAGAAGUCGCACUGAUUCCAACUUGGCGAUAUGCUGCAUGCUAUGAAAGGGCGAUUGACACAGCUAUCGCGUCAGUAACGGGGAAGAAAGAUGGACCAAAACUCCCGGAUAUCCGAAAGCUCAUUACUCAUCGCUUCCAGGGUCUUCAAUCUGUGGCAGAAGCAUUUGAUGUAGCGCUGGCAACUCGUGAUAAGCACGGCACUGCUGUGAUCAAAGCAGUGAUCAAUCUUUGA